GUUUCGGUUUCUAUUCCUCGGAAACGACAGUGAACUAUCCUCCCCCCCCUUAAAGGCAAAAGGCUGAACGUCACCUUCUGCAGGAAGACAGACAGAGCACAGACGAAGCCCAGACAGAGAUGGAGGAGUCGAAGAUAUUCAAGUUCAUCUGUGCCAACAGAGGAGCGGUGGACACCGUGGACCUGUUCAACGUGGGCUCCGCCAAUGUGUCGCAGAUCAUAAGGACGGAGAGGUUCCUCCUGUUCAGAAGUGGAGGAGGAGAAGGCCAGGAGGUGGUGGUGGCCAGGACCUGGCUGAAGCUGUGCAGGGCCAAGGACUGUCCGGGGACAUGUUCGAGACUCCACCUGUGUAAACACGUCCUGUUCAGCGGCGUCUGCUCCUUCACCCUGCACAGGGGACGAUGCCUCUUCUCCCAUGAGCUGAACUCUGAGCACAAUGCGAGGGUUCUGAGGGAGCACAAAGUGGAGAGCCUGAGCAGGCCAGAGCUGUGCACGCUGCUGCUGCAGAACGACCACUCGCUCACACCUAAUAUUUGUCACGAUUACAACAACGGCGAUGGCCUGUUUGGCCUGUGUCAGGCCGGGGUUGGCUGCGUAAGACUGCACAUCUGUGAGCGGUACCUGAGGGGGAGCUGCACCUGCUCCAGGACUCACAACUUCAAUGCUCCACAGCCACAGAAAAUCCUGAAGGAGAGAGAUGUGCCUGACGAAAUCAUCAACUCCUUGAAAUACGUCUACAGGAACAAAGAGGCUUUAAGGUUGUCUGGCCAAAGGGGAGAUCGUCAAGAGCCGCAACCAGGCUUUUCUACCAGUGACGGCUAUGCUGCUGCCAACAGUACUGGCGAGUACUACAGGGGGAGAGGCGGAAUCCGGGGAAACAGGGGGAACAGGGGAAACAGGGGAAACAGGGGAAACAGGGGCAACAGGGGCAACAGGGGCAACAGGGGCAACAGGGGUAAUAGGGGAAUACAGGGCAACAGGGGAGUUCGGGGCAACACUGGAAUUCAGGGCAACAGGGGAAACCAGGACGGCGUUGAACAGCUUCAACCAUCCGGUUCCACCAGUGACCUCCUUAUUGACUUCGACGACUUAGAUCUGUACACCGAAGACGGACUGAGCGAAGACAACAGUGAGCAGCGACGACAAAGCUCUUCCUCCAUCACUGAUGCGAGCAGCGACAAUGGGAGAGGUGGUUACCAGGGCAACCGGGGCAACAGGGGAAACCAGGGUGGCCUCCAACAGCACCGAUCCUCUUCCUUUGGUGACCUCCUCGCUGAGUUCGAUGACUUGGAUCCCUUUAGCAGUAAGGGACAGAGCGACGGCUUCGGAGGAGAGAAGAGAGGCUCAGGGGUGAGAGGUGGUUACCGGGGCAACUAUCCGCGGCGGCCGAACACCAACAACGACGACCCGAGCAAGAGACAGAGACAAUGGCCUGGCAGAGAUAAAACUGAGAUCUGCAUGCAUUUCAUCAUAGGACACUGUAAACACGAGGAUAAGUGUUUCAGACAUCACGACAAGAUGCCGUACAGGUGGCAGGUCAAAGAGGGGAUGGAGUGGACCGCCCUGCCCAAAAAUGAAGCCAUUGAAAAGGACUUCUGUGACCCCACAAAAACACACAGUGGUACUACCGAUCCUGUCGAUUUUGACAUCAUGACCUGUGGACCCAGUAAAGUGCGACGACUCUCCACCUGUAACUCUUUGGCUCAGCCGAGCUACCUCCACACCACCGAGUGGGUCUGGUACUGGGAGGAUGAGUUCGCAAAGUGGAACGUGUACGCUUCAUCCCCUGCAGCAGACAUGGAAAGCAGUGAGCUGGAGAAGAGGUUCCUGGCCAACCCCAGUGACGUGGUGGACUUUAUCGUUGGUUCCCAGUCGUAUUCACUCAGCUUCAAGGACAUGAUACAAACAAACAACCAUUUUGGCACAAAGAGACUCGUGAGGAGACGGCCCCGGUUCGUCUCUGCAGCCGAUGUCAAAGCAAAGAGAAUAAGGAGGCCUCUGGAUCAACCAAGCUUUCUUGCUAUACCAGACCACUGGGACAAGACACAGAUUCCUGUAACAGGAUACAAGCGAGUCUCCCUGCAGCGCACCUCACAGGAAUUUAUGAAGAUCGCAGCUAUGUUCUUUACAACCAUGAGAAGCUUUGACAUCGUCACAAUCGAGAGGAUUCAGAACAAACCGCUGUGGGAAAGUUUUCAGUUGCAGAGGACUCAGAUGAGGACCAACAAUGGUGGACGCAACGUGGAAGAAAAAAAUCUCUUCCAUGGCACUGACUCCGUACACGUGGAUGCCAUCUGCCUCACCAACUUUGACUGGAGGAUCUGUGGAACUCAUGGAACUGCUUUCGGCACAGGUAGCUACUUUGCCCGCGAUGCCAAAUACUCCCACAGCUACACCGAUGACUCUGACGUCAAAUCCAUGUUCAUCUCACGGGUGCUGGUGGGAGACUUCACCAAAGGUUCCUCUGACUACCGCCGUCCUCCUUCCAAGGACGGCAGCCCCACAAACCUCUAUGACAGCUGCGUAGAUGACGUCACACACCCGUCUAUCUACGUCGUGUUCGAAAGGCAACAAAUCUACCCCGAGUACCUGCUGCAGUACAAGACCUCAGACCUCAAGACAGUAGGACGCCAGCCCGCUACCAGGCCGUACGUCACCACUGCACCUAGGGUUGUACCCAGCACAUCAGCUCAGUCUUACACAGCUGCAAACCAACCCAGCAGGACAGUACACCACCCGCCUGCUACCAACCAGUACGUCAACACUGUACCUAGUUUUGUACGCAGCACAUCAGCUCAGCCUAACACAGCUUCAAACCAACCCAGCAAUUUGAGCUACAAUUCCCAGUCAGGCACCUACCAGUACCCACGCUCUGCAUCGUCUUCAUCUCUACCCGAAAAGAAACCAUCUGAUUCUUGUGUCAUUGCUUAGGUCCCAAGGUGAAGUGAAUGGAUCAUGCAGUAGUAGAAAUCCUUUUCGUUUGACAUGAGAGGACAGUUGAAGGGGCUCCUGCAGAAUGCUUUGGAUAAUUUGGUGCAAUGAUUUAAAAUGGUAAGGAACUGACUAAGAAAGUGUGUAAUGAGGAGUUUAUGAAGCCUGCGAUGGCGUCGAUUAACUUGGUUAAACUCAAAUUAUAAACCACAUGGAUAGUAACAGUAGUGGGCAAACAGGAAAUAUAAAUGACAAGUUGAUUUACUCUAACCGGGUGAGCAUUAAAUCUUAAGCUGAUCAACCAGUGAUUUGCAAAUGUUUGUAAUCGGUUGAUGGUGCUAAUGUUCCAGCGAGCUGGCAUUAGUCUAUCGAUUACCUCUUUGGCAGUUUUUCAUUGCAUCAGUUUCCAUGGCUUUGGAUACGUUAUCAUUAAUUUAGUUUUCAUUGGUAUAACAGAUUUUCAACUUUUGCCACACAUUUAACCUUUUUUCUGCAGUAUAUCAUUUUUCUUAAAUUUCCACUCUAGCACCUUAAAAUAGUUUGUAACCAUCAUUGUUUUUUUUUACACUAAUAAAGUAACAAACACGAAUGCAGUUCUGAUAGAUGUGCUGAGGAAAUGUUAAACACUACAAUCCGAUAAAAAAUGUUCACAAUGGAUAGUUAACGAAGUCAUCAUGGAAUGAAGUGAUGCUGCUGCACACUGCCUUUAGAGGGCGACAAUCAAUUCUCGUCAAUUCAAAAAUUAAUUCGAUGGCUUCUUUCCCAAAAUGUCAGUGGUUUUGGUUUCACACUAUGAAAGUGUGCAGUUAUUGAUUAUUGAAAUCCAAACCUACAAAUAAUGUAUAGUCAUUUACAGUAUGAUUCCUCUGUUGCUGAAAAUAUUGUAUCGUUGACACUGUUGUGCAUUAAAAAUAAAUGUUAUUUUUAAUGGAAAA